GCAAAUGCAAUGCCAAUGGCAACGACAAUGGCGUCUCCUCCUCCACAAUCACUGCUACGACUGCCACUGCUUCUCUUCCUCCUCACCACUCUCGCUCUCUCUUCUGCUUCUGCUACUGCUAAUUCAGUCUACCCCAAAGAAGCCCUUCCCACCAAGUCAGGCUAUCUAAGAGUCAACUCCACCACUCGCUCAUCCAUCUUCUACACUUUCUAUGAAGCUCAAAAUCCAACCAGCCCCUCCUCUCUUCCCCAAACCCCAAUUCUCAUCUGGCUCCAAGGCGGCCCCGGCUGCUCCUCCAUGCUCGCCAAUUUCUUCGAACUCGGGCCCUGGCUGCUCAAUCAGGAUGCCGUUCUCCACCCCAAUCCGGCCUCCUGGAACAAAAUGUUCGGCCUGCUCUUUCUAGACAACCCCAUCGGCACUGGAUUCAGCAUUGCCGCUUCCCCGCAGGAGAUCCCAAGAAACCAGUUCGAUGUCGCCAGGCACCUCUUUACAGCACUGAGGGAGUUCGUUGCCCUCGACAGCUCAUUCAGAACCAGGCCAAUCUACAUCACCGGCGAGAGCUACGCCGGGAAGUACCUUCCGGCCCUCGGGUAUUACAUUCUGAAGCAGAACCCCCUCCUGCCGAGGGCGAGCAGGAUCAAUCUGGCCGGCGUGGCCAUCGGAAAUGGAUUGACCGACCCCGAGAUCCAAGUGGCCACCCACGCCGUGAACUGCUACAAUUUGGGGCUGAUCAAUGAAAAGCAGAUGGCCCAAUUGGAGAAGCUUCAGUCGGAGACGAUUGGGCUGAUCAGAAGGGAGAGAUGGGGCGAGGCUGGGGAUGCAAGAAAUAGAGUGCUGAACACGCUGACCAACAUGACUGGGUUGGCCACGCUGUAUGAUUUCAGGAGGCUGACCCCGUACCCGAACAGGGUGGUGGUGAGGUUCUUGAACAAUGCGGAGGUGAAGAGGGCGCUGGGGGUGGAGGAGUCGGCGGUGUUCCAGCUGUGUAGCCCUGAGGUGGGGGAUGCACUGCACGAUGAUGUGAUGAAGAGUGUGAGGUUCAUGGUGGAGUUCUUGGUGAGGGAGACGAGGGUGCUGCUGUACCAGGGGCAGGCCGACUUGAGGGAUGGGGUGAUGUCGACGCUAUCCUGGGUGAGGAUGAUGAGGUGGGAGGGGAUCCGUGGGUUCCUGGAGGCUGAAAGGAAGGUGUGGAGGGAGGGUGAGGGUGGGGGUCUGGCUGGAUAUGUGCAGAGAUGGGAGAAGUUAAGCCAUGUGGUGGUGAUGAAUGCAGGCCAUCUUGUGCCUACUGAUCAGCCUGCCAACUCCCAGGCCAUGAUUCAAGAUUGGGUUCUGGAGAAGGGAUUGUUUGCAGGAGGAAAAGAAUGAUGAGGAUGACCAUCACCAUGCCCAUUGAUUUGCUAGAGGUUUCAUUGUGUUGACGUUGGUUCAAUUGUCAUUGGAUUUGAUUUGAAUUGUUAGUUAUUUGCUUUCCAACUCUUGUUGUUGUUGUUGUUGUUUCCUGAUGAUAGAAAGAAAGAAUAAGAUUAACAGUAGAGAAUGUAUUAUGUUCUGUGAUAGCUGAAUAAUGACAAUGAAUCAGAUAGCAUAGCAACCCCAUUGAUAGUGUUUUCCCUUUCCCUUUUCCUCGUCUUGUCUUCUGGCCGGUUGCAUAUCCAGUGCAAGGAUUAGUAUGCUAUGCUAUGGUGCCACUCAGUAUUCUAAUCAAAAUCAAAAUCAGCAGCAAUAAGGUUUGUCCUAGAUAGAUAGAUAGAUAGAUAGAUAGAUAGAUGAUCCCAGAGCAAAGAUUGUCUUGCACUGCUUCUUCCAUCAUCUGUUUCUUUCCUUCCUUCUUCGGAGCUAAAAAGAUUGUGAUGGAUGGUGCCAACAACAGAUUUAUACCACAAACUUUAGUCGCCUCUCUUACUUAUUACAUGGAUGUUAUACUAGAAUUCAAUAACAAGGGCUUCAGAAUUCUAACAAAAACUGCUCAAGCAAACAACUCUGAAUUUCAUUGGAUGCACCUCUUUAACUUUAAGCAUCAUCGAUGGAUGCCAACAACUUCUUUCCCACGGAGUAUUAAAUUAUGUUCCAUAUUGAAACCAUUCUUGAAGGUGGUGUUAAGAAACAAUUCAAGAAUGUUGUAAAUCAGGAUUACGUCAUGUGCAACACACACAAAAUAAUACUACUACUCUAGUAAGAAAUUUAAAUGAAGAAACCCACAAGAUAUUGGCUUAUUGUAAAUUGGGGAUAAUAAGCGCAAUUGGCAUCUUGAGAUUCGUAUUGUUUUUAUUUAUUUAUUGUUAUAGAGACAGACAACUCAAUUCUCACGCACUCUCUCUUUCCAUCGUCUCUCAAAAUUUAUACAAGUUCGAUUUAGCCGUGACCGCCUUCCUCCUCCUCUUCGCGGAUGCGCCGCCUAUGACUAAAUACGACGUCGUGUUCGUGUAUAUGACUCUGUACUAACUACUAAACAGACCGACAAUUGAUUUUCCCAUCCUCGUUUUUGUCUUUCCUUUCCUUUCCUUUUCUUUCCUUUCCUUCCAAAUUCCUAAAUCCCUAAUCAAGAAAGACCCUGCACCAUGGGGUCGCCUGUGGUAACCCCCGAGGACGUGCUGGAGACUCUCAUGAACGACGGCACAAUUGACGCCAUCCGACUCAAGAUCAUCAAUCAACUCAAAGCCAAUGGCUGCAUGGAUUUUUGCUCUGAAAAGGGAUUGAGAAGAACAUGGCUGAAGAAUUUCCAUGGUUCAUAGAAAAUCUGAAAGAUCUAGUGAUUCAUAGCCUGUAGUGUGGACAGAGUAAAGGCAAAGAAGAUAUUUCGAUACAUGUUCUGCUUACAAGAGGAGCUAAAGAGUAACACAAUAAAAAUGGUGGAGCAAAGUAAGGUUCUUAGCACU